AGAAGUCAACUUAUAAAUUUUUCCUAUAGAAAAUUGCUAAGAAACGUUUAUUAACUUUAUAGGAGACACCCUGCAAUUUGAAAAAAAUAAUCAAAGUAAAUCGAAUAAUUUUCUACAAAACAAAAAUGAUUCAAAUAAAUGUUUAGUCAUGAAUUUUCCUGUCAUAAGUCUCGUUGUUUUUUGUGCAGUGUUUGCUACUGCAGAAUCCAAACUAAACUCAAAACUUUUGAAAUUCAUCGAAAAUAUAAACAAGAUUGAACAAUUUGAAAGUGUUUUUCAUGUGAAAUCUUCUAAAGAAAUUGAUUUUGAUGAAGAAUUAAUAUGUGACCUUAUAAAUACAAUUGGUAUUCCAGUGAUAUUAGGAACCGAAAAUUGUUUAUUUUACUUGAAGGGAGAAUUCAAUGAAAACAUCCUUACCAUUGUUCAAUUAGAUUCCAGUGAUUUAGUUCUUAAACAAGUUUCGGAAUAUCUUCACCAUCUUCGUUUUUGUAAGACAAUUUUUGUGCUCAAAGGAUCUUCAAAAAAUGACUUGGAAUUAAAAAGAGUUUUCAAUUUCUGCUGGCUGAAUAAAAUGGUUAAUGUUGUGGCAGUAUUUCAAAAUUUCGAAACUUCUUCAACUUACUACAGCUAUAACAAUUUCGGAGAACAUAGAAUCGAAGAAAUCGUCUGGAACAAGUAUAAUUCAGAUAUUUUUCCCGAUCGAAUGCAGAAUCUUCAAGGCUCAUUAUUGCCCAUUCUUUUCGGAGGAUCAGAACCAGGAGUUAUCAUAUCAAAAUAUCCAAACGGUAAUAUAAAAAUUGGUGGAUUUGUUGGGCAUAUGUUUCAUGCUUUUGCUAAGAAACACAAUGCCCGAUUAAGUGCGUCGAGAGUAAAUACAUCAAUAUCGGAAAUUGGUAUGCAUAAGCUUGCAUUAAAUGGUAUAGCUGAAAUAUCGGGUACCGCCAUGUCAGUCGUACGAGAUCCAAUUGAAUGGUUUUCAUAUCCAUACACAGUCUACGAUUGGGGUCUGAUGGUGCCUGCAGAACCAAGAAUUCCCAUUUAUAAAGUAUUUGCUGUCGUAUUUCAUUGGGAAGCAUUUAUCUUAAUCAUCGUCAUAUUUCUACUACUUUCUAUUACACUUGAAAUAGCUGCUUUUAUCUCAGUUUCACAAACGUUUGUAGUCAGACGUGAUUUCGUUUUUAACAUCGAUUGUUUUCGUGGAACACUCGGACAGCCCUUCUUUCAACCAUCAAGAGUUUCUUUUCCUGCCAAAAUAAGCUAUUCUUUGACAUUUUUGCUUGGCAUUAUAAUUGUUACGUCAUACGAUGCAUUUUUACAGUCCUUCAUAACUCAUCCUCCAAGGGAACACAUGAUACGAUCCGUUAAUGAUUUUGAAUCUUCUGAAACAAAAAUCUAUGCAUUUCAAUCGGAUAUCAAUCUUCUAUUCAAUUUAAGACCUCAUUUCAUGAAAAGAUAUUCAAAUUUAUUUAUGGGAGAAACUAAUUUUGAUACCUUUAACAAAGUUCGAAAUAGUUUCAAUACCAACUAUUCUUACGCCAUAAGUAGUAUCAGAUGGAAGGUUAUUGAAAAUCAACAAAAUUUCUUUGGUCAACAAUUGUUUCGGUGGUCGGAAGAAUUGUGUUUGAUGAAAAAUAAGCUUACAGCUAUUCCUAUAAAUGAAAAUUCAAUGUAUAAGAAAAUUUUGAACUUUCAUAUCUUGGAAACACAAUCAAGUGGUUUAUUGAAAUUCUGGAUAAGGAGGGCAUUUUAUGAGUUAAUGGAAGUUGGAAAAAUUGAAAAAUUAAAUUUUGGAUUUGAUUCGAAGUUGCAACCAUUGAAAGUUGAAGAUUUUAAAUGGAUUUGGAUAUCGAUGGGAUUGACAUGGAUUGUUGCUAGUUUUUUCUUUAUUGGAGAAAUUUGUGUUUUCAAAUGGAAGACAAAUCGCCUGUUUAUAAAAUGAA